AUGGACAUCGCUAGCGACAAAACCCCGCCAGAUCCUCGACAUGCCAUCGGUAAUCCUCAGCACUCUCCUCUAGUUCCUGUUCAAGUACACGAUCAGAUGCAGAAACCUGAGAAUGCAGCGCAUCAGAAUGAUCAGCUCACUCAAUGUCUUGAGGAUAGCGCGGACCAAGAGUGCGAUACCAACGAAAACGGAAUGGUGAGAGACAAAUUCUCUGGUGCUGCUACUGCACCAGAAAUGGAUUCAGGUUCUGGAGAAGAGUCCAGUGUAGGCCAGAAAAAGCAACUCGUGGUCAAGCUGAAGUACAACACCGAGACCAAGAUCACGAAUACGUCCUCUUCACCAGACCACCAAAGGUCCGCUAAUAGCACUUCUAUAUCCCUGAAGCUUAGCACAGCGUCGAGAACCAUUUCCAGUCCUUCUAGCGGAAGUCCUAUUGUCAAGCAAGAAGGGGAACAUGAUCGAUACACUGUAUCCCCAAAUUCGAAGACGACCGAUCCACAGAUCAAGAUCGAGAAGGACGAUGAUCAAGCUUUGGUUCCGACCCCCCUCAGUAAGCCUAUGGAAGAGUCAGGUCAGGUCAAGGUCAUCAAGGAUGAGCUCGAACAUGACGCACGUCAACAGAUAGAUCAAUCCCACAGAGGUCUUGCUCAAGAUGAGAUGUAUGUUGAUGCUCAUCCUGGAGACGGUACUAUGCAUGUUCCAGCCAACGACAACACCUUCAACAAAUCCUCAGAUAUCACUGAUACGCAGGUCGCUGUACCUGAGCCUAGCAAGUUGCAAGUGCCUAUGGCCGUCAACAAGCGUGGUGCCGAUGACGUGGACUGUGACUAUCAGCAGAGCGAGACCGCAUCACCAGAAGCUGCUCGUGGUGAAAAGAAUGUGUUCAACGACGAUUACCAUAUCUCUGAUGAGAUUGAUUCACAAGAGUGGUCUCCAAGCGCUAUCAACAAACAGCACAAAGGCCGUCCAGCGAUCGAUCAUCAACUUGUACCAUCAGGCUUCACAUCUGAUGAGAUGAACGUACAGCAACAAGACCAGGUCAAGAAUAUUCCGCAUAUCUCCAAUGCUGGCCAACCAGACCUUGGCGUUCAUGAUAUAUGGAGUCAGCCUCACCCCGACUUUCCGGAUCCGGUUCACCUCACCACUACGUCGUCUUCACCUCGUCAUCAGGAAUCACGUAUUUCGAACCACAACAUUACCUUGAAUAGUUUUUCACAGUUCCAAACAGCGCAACCACGUCAUGUCUCCCAACGGCCUUCCGAUCAACGCAACCAACCCAACUUCGGUUCUAGCUUCAGUCGCCAGCAACAACUUCAGGCACAGAUGGAAAGGCAGAAGAAGCAGUUAGAUGACUUUAGGAAGCAGAACGAAGAGUUGUCGCAACAGUCUCAACGGUCACUUCAUGGGUUUGGCUAUCCCCAGAGGCAAUUGAACGCACCUCCAUCGUUUGUUACGGGCCCUCUGACUUACCAACGCGCACCUCAGUUGAGCAACCAGCAGGUUUUAAAUGGACUCAAUAGUCCAGGAUUCCAACAAUCAGCUUCACCUACAGUCUCCUAUAGUCAAAUGCCACUGAACAUGUCUUAUUGCCUCAAUCCAGCAUCACUAUACAAGAGUACGAUAAAGAUCCCAACGUCUCCUAGCUUGAACACUCGGGUAAUAGAGUCGUAUACCCCCCAGGGCCCUAAAGGGACGCCGAAGAAGAUUCCGGAUGAGAACGACUGUAGCGACGAAGGCGAUGCUUCCGAUGAUGAUGAGCCUCUUCAAAGCCGAGUGAAGCGUCACCCAUCGGUCACUAGCAGCCGUGAUUCUGUCAUCGGUAUGUCACCUCUAAUUAUAGCUUCCAACAGAAUUGCGCGACAUCGACGACAGAAUAAUGACUCUGAUGUUGAGCUCGUUACAAGCAAGUCUAAGCCAAAGCAUGCUACACGCGAGGUCAAGCAGAACCAAGUACGCAACCCACAACCUGCCUCAGCUCCAUCCGACAACGCUUCACCUUCCUCGGAAAAUGCUGAAGAGAUUGACUGGACUCUUCCUCAGUACGAAGUCCAACGCCAACCCCUCGCAAAGGGCGAAGAGAUUCCCAGCGCCAAAGUUUCCCUGCCUGGCCUAGUCCGUGAAGAAAUCCUCCUGUCCCCAGACCAUGCGGACGAAGAAGUCCAUCUCCUGAUGAACAUCUUCAUCCCGAACCAACGCACCCUUCCUAAUCCGGAUCCCGAACCUGCCAUUGCCCUCCUCAACUUCCACACCAUUGCCGUCAUGGUGAUAGAAGCGUACGUGCAAUACGAAAUCGGCGACGAGUUUGGCACGGGACGCGGACACUUCCACACUGAGCACAACCGCGGCGACGCAGAAUACGAGCGUAUGCGCGACGCAGUCGACGCAGAUACUAACGAGAUCUUCUUUGCAGUUGUGGAUCGGUACAGAGCAGGGUUGGAGAGCAAGAAGAAACCGUUGCAGCUUAUCAGGGGCACACAGGAGUUCUGUGACUUGGCGCUAGACCUAAUCUUCUACAUCAAAGAUCACGGAUUGCUUAGGCCGGAACCGAAAGCUAAGGCUGCUAGGGCAGAUAAGGGCGUUAAAAGGGGGCCGAGGGGAGGGGCAAAGGCCGAGCAAGCGAAGGGCAAGGGGAUCAAGAGGGGUACGACUGCGAAACCUAAUGAGGUACAGCCGAGGAAAAAGGCGAAGACUGCGCCGGUGCUGGAAGUCAAGAAGAAGAGAUCUGGGCCGAAGACUUCGGGGAUCACGGUUCUGAAAAGGUAA